AUGAACUGUGACAGGAAGCUCAAGGCAGGAUUCCUCAUCGAUAACUUCAGAGAAAGGCUGGUGGGCCACCACUGUCCAUUUCCUGCUUCUGCAGAUGGUAAGUCAGAAAAGAGACCCUCGAGAAAACAGACUCCUACAGCUGAGUAUCCACAAGGCAGACGCCAAGCCCAGCUUGAGCAGAAGGAGCCGUUCAGGCCAAAGUCCCCCCAGAGGAAGCAGAUAGAACGUGAAAGUCACCACAAGAGGCUGCAGGGACGGAAGCCAAGCUCUGCAGAGAGGACCUGCAAGGGAAGGAGAAAGAGGAAUGCAAAAGCUUCCCUCAAGGACCAGAGAACACUUCCAAAGAAGAAAAAGGAGGUUCUGAAGAAAGAGACACACAAGAAGAUAAAGAAACCCAGGUCAUCUUCCUUGGCCUCCAGUACCUCUAGUGGGGAGUCCCUGUCUGAGGAGGAGCUGGCCCGGAUCCUGGAGCAGGUAGAAGAAAAGAGGAAGCUUAUUGCCACCAUGAGGAACAAGCCCUGGCCUAUGGCGAAGAAGUUGACAGAGCUCAGGGAAGCCCAAGCAUUUGUGGAGAAGUACGAAGGAGCCUUGGGGAAAGGGAAAGGCAAGCACUUCUAUGCCUACAGGAUGCUGAUGGCUAAGAAAUGGAUCAAGUUUAAAAGGGACUUUGCUAAUUUCAAGACUCAAUGUAUUCCCUGGGAAAUGAAGAUCAAGGACAUUGAAAGUCACUUUGGGUCUUCAGUGGCAUCAUACUUCAUCUUUCUCCGAUGGAUGUAUGGAGUCAACCUCGUGCUUUUUGGCUUAAUAUUUGGUCUAGUCAUUAUCCCAGAGGUACUGAUGGGCAUGCCCUAUGGAAGCAUUCCCAGAAAGACUGUGCCUCGGGCUGAGGAAGAAAAAGCCAUGGAUUUUUCUGUCCUUUGGGAUUUUGAGGGCUACAUCAAGUAUUCUGCUCUCUUCUAUGGCUACUACAACAACCAAAGGACCAUUGGGUGGCUGAGGUACAGGCUGCCCAUGGCUUAUUUUAUGGUGGGGGUCAGCGUGUUUGGAUACAGCCUGAUGAUUGUCAUUAGAUCGAUGGCCAGCAAUAGUCAGGGUAGCACCGGUGAGGGAGAGAGUGACAACUUCACAUUCAGCUUCAAGGUGUUCACCAGCUGGGACUACCUGAUUGGGAAUUCAGAGACUGCUGACAACAAAUAUGCCUCCAUCACCACCAGCUUCAAGGAAUCAAUAGUGGAUGAACAAGAGAGUAACAAAGAAGAAAAUAUCCAUCUGACGAGAUUUCUUCGUGUCUUGGCCAACUUUCUCAUUAUCUGCUGUUUGUGUGGAAGUGGAUACCUCAUUUACUUUGUGGUCAAGAGAUCCCAGGAAUUCUCCAAAAUGAAGAAUAUCAGCUGGUACCAAAGGAAUGAGGUGGAGAUUGUGAUGUCUCUGCUUGGGAUGUUUUGUCCUCCUCUGUUUGAAACCAUCGCUGCCCUGGAGAAUUAUCACCCACGCAUUGGUCUAAAAUGGCAGCUUGGCCGUAUCUUUGCACUCUUCCUGGGAAACCUCUAUACAUUCCUCUUGGCCCUGAUGGAUGAUGUCCAACUCAAGCUUUCCACUGAGGAAACAAUAAAGAACAUCACUCACUGGACCCUGUUUAACUAUUACAACUCCUCAGGUGGGAAUGAGAGUGUGCCCCGAUCACCCCUGCACCCUGCAGAUGUGCCCAGGGGUUCUUGCUGGGAGACAGCCGUAGGCAUUGAAUUCAUGAGGCUGACGGUGUCUGACAUGCUGGUGACAUACAUCACCAUCUUGCUGGGAGACUUCCUAAGGGCUUGUUUUGUCCGGUUCAUGAACCACUGCUGGUGUUGGGACCUGGAGGCCGGUUUUCCUUCGUAUGCUGAGUUUGAUAUUAGUGGAAAUGUGCUGAGUUUGGUAUUCAGCCAAGGAAUGAUCUGGAUGGGCUCCUUCUAUGCUCCAGGACUGGUGGGCAUUAACGUCCUGCGCCUAUUGACCUCCAUGUACUUCCAGUGCUGGGCAGUGAUGAGCAGCAACGUUCCCCAUGAACGUGUAUUUAAAGCCUCCCGAUCCAACAACUUCUACAUGGGCCUGCUGCUGCUGGUGCUCUUCCUCAGCCUCCUGCCGGUGGCCUACACCAUCAUGUCCCUCCCGCCCUCCUUCGACUGUGGCCCAUUCAGUGGGAAAAACAGAAUGUAUGAUGUUCUCCAUGAGACCAUUGAAAAUGAUUUCCCAACCUUCCUGGGCAAGAUCUUUGCUUUCCUUGCUAAUCCAGGCCUGAUCAUUCCAGCCAUCCUGCUGAUGUUCUUGGCCAUCUACUACCUGAACUCAGUUUCAAAAAGCCUUUCCAGAGCUAAUGCCCAGCUGCGGAAGAAAAUCCAAAUGCUCCGUGAAGUUGAGAAGAUCCACAAAGCUGUUAAAGGCAGAACCACAGUCACAAAUUCAGAGGACACACCUAAAAACAGCUCCAAAAAUGCCACCCAGCUACAGCUCAUUAAGGAAGAGUCCAUAUCUCACUCUCCUAACCAAACUCAGGCCAUGGACAAGAAGGCACAGGGUGCUGGCACUUCCAGUGCUUAUGGUAGAAUCUCACAGCCUGCCUCCUGGAACCUCCUUGGAUCUCAGCCUCCAGAAGUCAGACUAGACUCUGGCCACCACCAAUCUCAACCUCAGAUUUGUAGGUCAACCUCUGGAAAGAGGGCUCAGAGGCAACCUCCCCACUGA